AUGAACAGCACGCUGAACAUGACACCUGGGUACGAGGACUGGUAUGGAAGUGCAGAGGACAUCGACGUGACUGCUGACAGAAGCCCUGUGUUAAGAAUUGUGAUAUCCAUAGUGUAUUCCGUCGUGUGCGCAGUGGGUUUAGUGGGCAACCUGCUGGUCUUCUUUCUGAUGAAACUCAAACAAGGGAGAAAGAGUUCCACUAUUAACUAUUUUAUAUUUAACUUGGCGAUAACAGACUUUCAGUUUGUUUUGACUCUGCCCUUCUGGGCGGUGGAUACAGCGUUGGAUUUUAGCUGGCCAUUUGGAGACGCCAUGUGUAAGAUUAUUUUGUCUGUGACAGUAUUGAAUAUGUACGCCAGUGUCUUCUUUCUCACGGCCAUGAGCAUAACACGAUAUUGGUCAGUGGCAUCAUCUACUAAAAGCCACUCUUGUAAACCCCUCUGCUCGGUUAAAUGGGUGUGCGCUUUUCUGUGGACAGUCGCCACUCUGGCCACCGCGCCGACAUCAAUCUUCUCCACAGUGAGGAACGUGGCCGGGGAGAAACUGUGCCUGAUGAGGUUUCCGGCUGGACAGUACUGGCUGGCAAUGUAUCAUCUCCAGAAAAUCCUAAUCGCCUUUGUUUUGCCCAUGUUAAUAUUGUCAAUAAGCUAUUUACUACUCGUGAGGUUCGUGAAAAAGCGCAGCAUGAAUAACAAUGCAUCGAGGAGGAAAUUGCAUUUGACCAAAUCUGUCACUAUUGUCGUUAUGGCUUUCUUUCUGUGCUGGAUGCCAAACCAUGCCAUUACGUUAUGGGGAGUGCUGGUCAAACUAAAUGUUGUCUACUGGGAUGAGGCGUACUACAUUGUGCAUACCUACAUUUUUCCUGCAACAAUUUGCCUUGCGCACACAAAUAGCUGCUUAAAUCCCUUUAUCUACAGCCUGACCAGGAGGGAGUUCAGGCAGAAGCUGAAACACCUCUUGCUCACUUUAACUUCUGGCUCCAACAAGAGCACUCUACACACAUGUAGCACGCGGCAGGCGGACCAGUCGGGAGGGAAAAAUACGGUGCCGUAGCUCUACCAUACAA